UAUGGCAACGGAACAAGAACGCGUAAACUAGCGCAAACCGAGCAACGAACCGCAGUGAAUAGUUGAGUGAACGUUUGUGGGCCAUUGUAGCCGGUAUCGAUUUGUAGUUCUCGUCAGAUUUUUCAUUUAAUUACUGACGCUCACACGACUUGAGCGUCUGCAUCGACACAAUCAGCAAAUGCGGUGCCGUUAUGACGAAUCCGUUCGUCGCCGCAUAUCAUAUGCGAUUCGGCGACUCGUGUGGUAGUUCCUCACGCGCGAACAGAAGACUCCGCCAAGUAAUGGUAUGCCGGGAUGCUAACGAGUAGCCUAGCCGAUCACCGAAUAACGGACAACAUGAUAGCUCACAGUAGCCGUGCACCGGGAGGCGAUACGUUUCUGCAUACGUGAGCUACGACCGGCUGGAGGCGGGUGGGCGGUAGGGAGGGACGGGAAAGUUUAGGCUACGAUGAGUACUGACAGUCAUGAUCAGACGAAAUCCUGCAGAACAUUCGCGAAGAGCGAAGAGGAAAGCGCAUUCGAUGGUAAACGGAUUAAGAAGGAGCGCAAUGACAUUUGUGUGGAGAAUGGCGACGUUGCUGCUGUUACCGCCACCGUCAUCACCUCUACCCCUUCAACCGCCGCCACGGUCAUCGCUUCUGUUGCUGCUGUUUCUACUCCUGCUGCUACUAUCACCACCACUACCAUCACUACUACCGCAACUAUUACUACUAAUGCUAUUACUGCUACUAGUACCACUGCUACUACCGUUCUUGAGAAACGACAGCCAUCAGCUGGCAGAUUUGCCUCGAAUGGUUUUCACGGAGAUGGCGAUCAGCUGCAAGAUCUUAUCGCAACUAAAUUUGCGACCUUGAACAACCACGGCGCCUCUUCUAAGCAAGACAAGAUUCGGAUUAUGAUAGAGGAUAGCAUUAGUGAAGAAUCUAAGGCACAUGUAGACGAGAUUUUCUCACAAGUGGAACAACUUAAGAUAGAGGAAAAGUUAUUAUUGUACCUGAAACUUCCAUUACUGCUGACAAAUCCAAGUGGGACCGUCGAUCCAUUGAGACAACCACUAAAUCCAUUAGGAAAUCGUUAUGAAAUUCAUCAGACUAUCAUGUGGAUUAAGACACAUUUAGAAGAAGACCCAGAUGUAUCUUUACCGAAGCAAGAAGUAUAUGAUGAAUACAACAUGUAUUGUGUAAGAAAUUCUAUGAAACCGUUAUCAACGGCUGAUUUUGGAAAAGUCAUGAAACAGGUAUAUCCGCGAGUGCGUCCUCGUAGGUUGGGUACACGAGGCAAUUCUCGCUACUGUUAUGCUGGUAUGCGUAAGCGAAUUAAAUUGGAUCCUCCAACACUGCCAAAGAUAUCUGGUUCUCAAACUGAAGAAAAUUCGGAGGAAAAUAUCACUGAGGAAAUGCUAGGCGCUGCAUCUGCACUGAUAAGAGAAUGGGCGGAAAAAGUUUUGGGCCUGAAAUUUUCAAAUUUGUGUGCCUUAGCGCGACAUCUUGUUGAUAAUUUUCGUGUCGAUACCCGAUCUCUGGCUGCUGUAUGCAUUCUUUCAGUUUCAGAUCAAUGUGAUGCUUCGCCUAAUAAAGAGACUGUCUCGGAUCUAUCAACAACACCUGUAAGUGGUAAGCCUGCUAAGCUUCGUGAAGCUCAAUUACAGUUACAACGCAAGCUUCAGCAACGCGAACAUAUAAAAGAUCAGAAAUAUCGUCCUGAUUCCAUUAUACAGAACAAAGAAAAGAUUAUUGACAAUAAAGGAAAUAUCAACAAAGGAUAUAAAAAAGUCAAAUCCAAUCAAUCACCUCAAGGUACAAAUGCAGCAGCAACAACAGUGGUCGUACAAAACUCAUUGGCAAAAGUGAACUUAUCUGCUAUAGUUUAUAAUCGGCAAAAAAAAAUAUUGAAAACUAAUAAUCAACAGCAACCACAGCAGCGACAAACUUGCAAUGUCUCCCAAGAAUCUUACUGUGAUAAUCUAGUGGUACAAUCGCGCGAAGAUGGACAAAGUAAUAGCAAUCCUAGAGUAACAAUGAGUAUAACACAGCGCGAUGUCAAAGGUAAAAAUUCCAGGAAACGUGCCAAUAAUCCAAUUGUAGUACAGCAAGAGCCCAGUCCUGAAAAACAGACAAAGCUCACAGAAAAGAAUUCAGAGCAUUCCAACGCUUUGUUACCCAAAUUAGCGUCUAUCCAACGCGCCGGUAAAAUAUCAGUGAUACUAGCUAGCAAUUCAAAAUCUAUCAAGUGCAAAGCAGUCGAAACUGCGGACAGUCAACUUGCUAAAAACUGUGAUAUUAACUCGUCAAAGAGUUGUUCCACUAACACGAGGGAAACGUCCACAGGACUCCUUACGAGGGACCAGAUCCGUUUCUUGCAGGAUCCACCGGUCUUCAAAGAUGAAAAAGUCCGUGAUAUAGAUUCGGAUGCUUUGGACGAUUAUUUAAACGGCGGGAACAAUUCGCAAGAGCAGGAGGAAGAGUUGUUACAGUAUUUUCAGCAAAGCAGCUCAUCUAGUUCCGAUGUAGAAACUAGUAUCAUCGGUUCUGAUGCCGAACAGAUCUCUCGGUCGGACAAGGUGUCACAAUUGCGAUUGAUACUGCAACAAAACCUGAAAGCACCCAUUAUCACCGCCGAUUUGACACCUGUAACUGUCGUUCAACAGAGCAUUGCUGUGGAAAAAGGAGAUCCUAUACAGAAACAUAAUCUCAUACUCCCAACACUUCUAAAUCAUCCUAAUCCGAGCAAUACGCGACGUCGUGUCAGUUUCGAAACGAAUGUUGUUGAGCAUGUUCAAGAGGCAGCAACGUCAAGUGUAGCUAAUACUGUGCCACAGAGUCCAAAUACGCGACGCAGAAUAUUUAAUUUCACCCCGAUCUCGCCCGGACCGCAUUCCCCUAUUAACGGUCGCGCAUCCAAAUCGAACUCGGCAAACGCAAGCCCAUUUGUAUCUCCGCGUAACACACCAGUGCCGAGAUCGCGCAGCAACUUACAAGCCGGUAGUUCCAGAUCACGUAGUCAGAAGAUGCUUUCUCGCUCCAUUUCGUGUAGCGUACCAUAUACCAUUAAGACAACAGACACCUUCAUUGUACCAACGUCGAGUGGAGCGGAACACACGCGACAUGUGUUGACAGUGGCAACGACUAAAUCGUCUGAGGUCGUUUUGAAAGGACCACCGUGCACUGCAUUUCUAGACUUGACAUCUCAGAAACAAUUGUUAAUUAAUUAUCCGAGUCAAGAGAAUUUACAAGAAAUUAAGAAUGUGUAUCAGAAAGGUCAACCACCUCCACCAGACCAGGAAAUUACAGAGCUUCUUCAUGCUGGCAAACACAUAAGCAACGAGCAAUUAUUUUAUAGAUCGCAAUCAGUGCCGUUGCACAGAAUGGUGAAUCCUAUUGUACCAUUAAUGUCUCCGAGCUCUACGCAACAAUAUUUGUCAUCGGUACAGAGUCAAAGUUUUAAUCCAUCGACGAGCAGUUCAGUUGCGCCUACUCCAGUACCGAGUGAAUACAAUGAUUUUGGUUCUUCCAUCGGACAAGAGAGCACGUAUCUAUUAGACGAUGCAAACUUUAUGUCAGAUGAGCAGGAAUUUUUGAUGACAGACAAGGGGAUUACGUCGGAAAACAUCAAUAAUAUUCUUACGAUCUUGGACGAGGAGCGUCAGUCAAAUUUGCAAAUGUUAUCUGAACAAACUACGGAAGAGACAUUAAACAAUGCGAUCGUUCUUGAUACUUUGCCAAAUACCAAUUUAAAUUUAACAGAAGAGGAUAUGUUGGAUCCGUCAAACAUACUCGUCGACGCUGGCGGGGCAUUACAAAAAAUAAUUCAAUCGCGUUCAUAUCCGAACACGCCAUUGCCAGUGCCAGUAUCUGCGUACAUGCCAUCAUAUACAGAAGACAGUAAUGGUUCUAGAUCAUAUCCAUCAACGCCUUUGCACACAAUGCAAUCUCAGGACGUGUAUCAGGAUUCAGGCGAGCCGAUAUUGUCCAAUCCCAUCCUUAAUUCUCAUCCUCUUACUUUACAGAGUGACGCAACAAACGUUGCUGUCGCUACUGCAACUGGUGCUACCAGUAGCACCGACGUUGACGUUGCUGCAACAGCUGCUUCUUCCAAUAGUCUCUGUAGAAAUGUUGCUGAUCUUCUUGAGGCCAGUUUUCUCGGAGAAACCAAUGCAGAGACGGAUGAUCUGGAUCCUCUUGGUAGUUUUGACGGCCUGCAAGAUAUGGAUUCGUUGACGCCGCUGUUUAACGAAGUUACGGAGCCUAAUCGUUGAGAUCAUCUUUUCGAUCUGCAAUCAUAAUUUCACAUUUGCAUAGAGAAAGGUGAUAAAAUAUAGACUGUUUUGGUCCGGUGGUUCUCAAUCGUAUUAUCUCAUAGAUCAUUUUAGAAUAAAUGAGAAGCGGCGUUAGAAACAAGAUGUAUAAGUAAAUUUUAAUAAGUACUAGGAUAUUAUUCAAUUUUAAGAUAGUAGGAUAUUUCGAAAUCUUGCGUAUCUAUUACAAUGUAAUUUGAUUAUACGACAAUUUAAAUAUUUUAAUUAUUUUUUACUGCAAAUUAUGUAUAUAGAUUUCUUAUACGAAACAUUAUUUCAGAUUAGUAAAUUAUAUUUUGACAUGCAAUUUACUAUCUAAGAUUGAAGCUCUAUCGACGAUUAUUUAAUCUUCAUCGCAAUAAAAAAUAGUGUCAAAAUGUCUAAAAAA